GGUUUGUCAAAUUAAUUUAGCAUAUUUUUAAUUAUUGUUAAAAUGGAAAAGAAAAACAUGACGUCGUCAACUAAAGUUCGAUCAAAGCCUAAUUUAAAAGAUGAGAAACUAACAGAUUUAGCUAAUAAAAUUGAUGAAACUGAUGAGAUGAAGCUAAAGAUGUUAGCAGCGCUUGAUAAUCCAGAUCCUGAUGAUGUUUUAUAUCCACCAGAAUUAAAUGCUCAUCUCAUCGAACAGUUAAAGAUAAUGACAUGCGAAAAUAAUGAAUUACGUAAAUGUAUUUUUACUAAAGAUCAAGAGAUAAAAGAACUUAAUAAAACGAUCAACAAUCUCAAUCAGCGCAUCCGUGAUAUAAUAUCUGGUACUGGACCAGUGAUUUCCUCUAAAUCUGCUGGCAUUAUCAGUGCAAAAAUUACGGAACUGUGCAAACAGAAUCGACACUUAGUAGCUGAGGUUGAAGGAUACAAAACUAAAAUCGCGGCUUUAGAAAGGAAAAUACUACAACUCGAUUUAAUAAAUAAAGAGCAUGAGAAAUUAGAUAUCUGUAUGUGUAAAAACGAACCAAUAGACGCCAGUCCAGAUGAACUCAAAGAACUCAAUAACAAACUUGUUGCUGUUAAUAAGAAAUUGUAUGAAAGCAAAAAUAGAAAUUUAGAAUUGAAGAAUGGCAUACUGAUCGCUACUAAAAUACUUCAACAAGAAUUGGGAGAUAAAUUUACAAGUAUCAAAGAGCUUCAAAAUGAUUUGGCAGGUUGGAAAGGAAGAGCUCAGCAAAUAGUUCUGUUACAAGCACGAAUCAGCGAAUUAGAACAAAAAUUAAAUGGAAAACACAGGGAUCUUAUUGAAGCAAAGAGAAAAGAUCAAACACAAAUAAUAAAAGAAAUAGAAGCGAAAAGGAAAAAAGAAAUAGAAUUAGCUAUGAAAGACUUAGAAUGUUUAAAAGGAGAAAAUCAAGAGUUAAAGAAAAAGCUCGACGGAGCACGAUGUAGAAUCAGGAAUUUGGAAUGUGACGCUACUGCCAUUAGACAAAAGAUACAAACCUUUGUGGAGAAGAGUAAUCAUGAUGACUUACUAAUUAAUGAACAAAGGAAUCAGAUCAAGAGUUUAGAGCUAUAUUAUCAAGAAAUUUUAAAGGAAAAUACAGUUAAGAUGAACAAAAUGAAUUGCGAAGUUGAAGAAUACCAGAAACUGAUAAAAAAUACAGAUGCUAAAAUAGACGCUCUCAGAAAACAAGCUUCAGAUAAAGCUGUCAAAAUAGAAGAGCUAAGAGCUCAACUUUUAAGAUAUGAGGAGUGUUCUUUGCAGAGUGUGUUUUUCACACCUAUGAAAACAGCUACGGAUAAUGAGAUUAAAAAGCUUUCCGAGUUGGUAAUAAGUCUUAACGGUAGAUUAGAUACCGAGCGACGUAAAUUUGAAGAGCUCGAAGUUACCCAUCGUAAAUUAAAGGUAAGAAAACGAAGACUUGAGAGAAGAGUAAGCUGCCUUGAAGAUGAAAUAAAAAGUUUAAAAGAUUUAAAAAGAGGAUCGAAAUUUUCAAAGACUUCUUUACAUAAGGAACAAGUUUAUGAAUUAGGAUUGGGAUCAACUUCUAUUUCGAAGAAGCAAUCUUCGGUAACUGCUGUAAUUGAAAAACCUAGCGAGAGUUCCUCUGAGUCUCAGCAAUCUGAAGGAUAUGAUUCACUCGAUAAAGAAGAUCUGAAAUAUAAGUUAGAAUUAUCGGAAGAAAAACUGAAAAUUAUGGAAGAUAAAUUAAAAAUGAUUGAAGAAGAAAAACGUGAUGAUUAUAAUCAUUUGACCGACAUGAUACAAACAUCAAAACAGUUGUUUAAUGAAGCUUUGGCGGUUUUACAAAGAGAGAAGUGUCUUUGUUCUUAA